CGCUACUCGUUCCCGCUCGCAACUUCGCGCUCAGUUAGUCGUGUCUACGGCGUCACACGAAAAGCACGCGCGGCUCUCCUCAGAACCGGCAUCCGAAUAAUGUUUCAGUGUUUGACAAACUCAAUCGGAGGUCUCGGAAGAAGUACCGUCUUUAAUUUACACUGUACCAAUCGCAUAUUCUCAGUGAGUGUAACGCAGUGUGUACGAAAAAAACUUUGUCGAAGAUUCUGAAGAAUCUUGUGUAAAAUUGUGUAAUUUGCCGGUAGCAGCCGGAUUGCACAAAAACUUUUAGGCGGUGUGCGUGGACUGAUCGCGCGCAUCGAUCUGUGAUAAGAGGGCCCUGUGAUAUCGACGAGUUCGUCUUAGCUUUAAAACUAGAUAGUAAUUAGAUAUACUUUGAAAAUGUCGCCACCACUUGACAUACUCCAGUUGGACGUUUGGGGGGAUUUCGAGCCCUUGGAUGACAUUACCUUAUCAGCGACUUCAGAAUUCUGGUCACAAGUGGAAUACGAAACGGAGAGAAUAGACACCGAUUCGACGUUUAGCUUGAUGCAAGAGAAUGAAGUCGAUUGGAGGGUAGCAGAGACACCUGAGGAACACAAAGACAAUAUUGUACAUCACGAUUGUAUGUGGGCAGGCUACUGUAUAGACACAGGAUUGCCGAACACAUUUGUCCCGACAGACUUGAGAGUGGCUGCACCUGGAGAGAGCGUGCUUCGCCGGGAUCGGGAUAUGUCACCUCCCCGACCAGACACUCCACCGACUUUGGACGGAGAUGAGCACCCUCCGUUCCGUCAUGUUGUGGAUGUCACUAGCACAGCUUUAAGGCUGUUGAGGGAUACCAGAGCCGUGGCAGCAGACCAUUCGUACACGGCGCGUCAACACUUCGAGUGCCUUGGCGUUCAGACACCAUCUGACUCGGGAGAAUCAGAGGAAGAAAUCGACGUUGUAUCGCUCGGUACAACCAGUAACCAACCGUUGGCUUCAACAUCUCACGCGGACUACAGUGGAGGUUCGUCUUCUUCAGAACGGUAUAUACAAGCUCCCGUAGAAGUGAACGUGACUCCUAGGCCGGUGGCAAGAAAGCGCUUAGUACCACCCUCAGGCGUCACAUCUGCCGUGCCUCGGCGGCGGAGAGGCCCCGGCAGACGUGGACGUUCCAAUACUGACACAGACUCUGAAGCCGAGACUCCUGAAAUUGAACGUCGUUCUAUUCACAACGAUAUGGAACGCUUACGGCGCAUAGGUCUCAAAAAUCUCUUUGAUGAACUCAAAAAGCAAAUUCCAGCCACAAAAGAUAAGGAACGUGCACCGAAAGUUGUGAUAUUGCGUGAAGCGGCCGCCUUGUGUCGCAAACUUCGCGAGGAUGAACUCGAGCGCGAUUAUCUUAAAAAGCAGCAAAACAAGCUGAUAACUAAACUGAAGAAACUUCGUACAAUGCUCUCGGCACGCUAUCGUCCCUAUUGAGUAGCUUAGCUGAGUUGUUGGAAAUUCAACAAUGUGACGCCGAGGGCCGCGGUCUUCCGAGUAACGCGUAACGGACUUGUGAAUGAACAUUCAACUCGUCCAAAUUUUGUACAAUUUUGUAACAUACGAAGAUUGAUUAAACCUUAUUAUGUGUUAUAGAUUCCAGAAUCUACUGGAACACGAAACGUUUGUUAAAUAUUGUAUUUAGUCAACUUUUACGGCUUACUCUGCUUCUGUGGAUCGCGUGGUGAUGCUGAAGGAUAAAGAUUGUUUGCUCAAACGAUGUACAUAGCAGUGCCAAAGUGAGCCAUAAAACCGUUGUUAAUAAAUCCUAAGUCUUCAUUGAGAUAAACUUAAUAGUGACAGACUGCUUCGUAAACUAAGUAGACUGGUAUUUACCUCUGAAAUGAUUUUUGAUUCAAUAGUAGAAUAGUUGAUGACAUACAAUUUAUCAUUUGAUCAACAGGAAUUUUGCAAAAUGAAUCGAAAGGAAACUUUAGUUGAACCGGGCAUGGCAGUCUGUUAUAAUGCUGUACAUACACGGUUGGAACUAGAUGAGAUAGGCUGGCGAGAGAAAGGUGUCGUAGACUUUGAUGGUGAGUCGCUGGCCAAUAUAUAUGUUUUCGGGCCGAUUCGUAGGAGUUUUAAUUUCCCAAAAUCUCGCUUAAUGGCGAGUACAGGGUAGUAUGUCAUUAUGGUUUUAACUUGAUAUUAUUGUAAGUUUAAACUACCUAGAUUAGCUUAUUUUUUUAGUGUUUUUGUUAUUCUGUAAAUGUUAACAAUUUUACGUGAUUUUAUGUAUUUAGUCGCGCAAUUAACCUCUUUUUGAACCAGCGAUUGAUUUUAUCGACAGUCUUCAUUUGUUUUAACAAUUCACUAUAUUAGUAUAUCUACAUUCAGAACUGCGCUUUUAUCAGUAUAUAUAUGUAAAUGAAAAUUUGUAUUUGGUUCAUGUUACAAAAUGUUAUUUUUUAUAAAGUUUUCUUAAUGACAAUUUUUAAAUUUAAUUUACUGACGAUAUUUGGACCGGUGUAGUUUAUACGUAGGUAUAUAUUCUUUCAUUGCAUUUUCAUAUGUAUGUGUAUAACGUAUAGUCGGAAAUAAGUUUAUGUUAAUAUACUUCUUGAUAUUUUUUUACGCCUUAUGUAUUCCAGUGAUUAUAAAUACUAAAGUAUAAUCUCAGUGACUGCUGUCCGAAACAAAAUAGACUGUGAAUUUUGAUAAUAACAUCAAAACCUACGUUUGCAGAUCACCCGAAUCGGGUUUUAACAUUUAAAUACCCACGAAAUAGUUCCUCAUA